AUGACGUCAACAAAACCCAACGUAAUCUUUGUUUUAGGCGGACCAGGUGCUGGUAAAGGAACUCAAUGUGCUCGUAUUGCUGAGAAAUACGGCUACGUUCAUUUAUCUGCCGGUGAUCUUCUUCGAGAAGAAGCCGCUAAACCCGAUUCAAGUCUCGGUAAAGAAAUUAAUGAACAUAUCAAGAAUGGCUCGAUUGUACCUGUUGCCGUCACUUGCAAGUUGCUCGAAAAUGCAAUGAAAAAAAGUGGAAAAGAAAACUUUUUGAUUGACGGCUUUCCACGUAACCAAGAUAAUGUUAACGGAUGGAAAGAGAGUGUUGGUGACAGAGUGAAUGUACAAUGUGUACUCUUUUUCGAUUGUGAUGAACAGACCUGUGUUGCUCGAUGUCUUGAACGUGGUAAAGGAAGUGGCCGUACUGAUGACAAUGAAGCAAGUUUAAAAAAGCGGAUUGUGACAUACAAUGAUUCAACACGCCCAGUGAUUCAACUUUUUGAGAAAGAAAAUUUGGUUAAACAUAUUGAUGCAUCAAAUGAUGUUGACAAAGUUUUUCAAGAUGUUCAAACGGUAUUCAAUGGAUUUAAGCAAAACAAUGCAUAG